AGGGGGGCGGUGCCUCAAGCCCUCAACCUUUAGUACUACUACUAAUAACAUGGUGCAACAGCUAGGAAUGUUUGGCGCCUAAGUUUGUGUAUUUGUAAAUCAGUUAGUUUGUUCUUUGGUAGUGACAAGCUCAAAUAGUAAGAUUAACUAAGCUAUUGUUCGCAGUUUCACAUUGUUCGCUUACUGGGAAACUGAUUUACUUAAAUAGCCUAGUAGGUAUCCCAUUUCCAUACAUGGUACCUAGUAGUACCUACCUAUGCACAGUCGAAGUGAUUCGGGUUUUAGCCUAUAAUUACUAUACCCAAGUCCAAGAAUAGCUAAGUUAUCCAUCGUAAACAUGUUCUAGAACCGACGUUGUCCGCCUCUAGUUAUUAGGUAUUAGAGAAGAAUGGACAGUGAUGAGGAAGAUAUUUUCAGCUACACACCCCUGAUUAAAACUAGUUUAUCACAAGGAGCACUAAACAAAUCUAAAAAAACAACUAGGUAUACUGCAUCCCAGCAAGCUGUUCCUAAGAAUAAACUGAGUCGACCCAAUAAAAAGGCUAGUCUAAGUUCUGUAAAAUCCUCCAAAGUUACUCCUAGGAAGAAAAAGCUAUCUUUGAAAGAGAAAAUUGAUCAUGCAACCGAAGUAUGUCCUAUCUGCCAGUUACCAUGGUUUUUGUUAGGACAGAAUGGAAGACGUAAUAUCCAUAUAGAAAAGUGUGGAAAAGUGGAUUUCUCAAAGAUUCCUGCAUGCGCUAAUGGUGUUCAGUGCCAAGAAAAUUUUGAGAGGCAUUACCUACUGUAUAGUCAUGAGGCCUGGGCCAAGGUGAGAGCUGAUCCUGAUAAAGAUGACUUGGACAAGUUGCCAGACUUAGAUGAUCUAAAGUCUGAGAACGAUGACUCUGGGUUUAUAGAUAAGGCUGUGCCAGGACCAUCAGGCUGGAAGCCAAAGUUUAAACUAAUAGAUAUAACAUCAGAUUCAAGUGAUGUGGAAAGUCUACCGGAAUUAAACCAGCCAUUUAAAAAAAUAAAGAAAGAGUUAGACUUGGAACCGCCUGAUAUUGAUUUUUAUGAAGAACCUCAAGGAGCCAGAGAUAUGGAUGAGGUCACAGUUAAACAUUCCCCCAGACCUUCUCAGACCAAUUCUGUGGAUGACAAGAAAACUGUAGUCUUUCCUCUUGAUUCUCCUCAUAUAUUUAACUUGUCCUUGAAUGAGCAUGACGACAAGUCUGAUGGUUCCAGUAGCAGUAGAGAGACUCUUAUGUAUGAGGCAGAGCAGAAUGAACAUGAAGCAGCUGGUGUUGCUCAGUCUCAAGUUACAAAAAAUACCACUUGCAGUUCUAGUGAUGAGUCUCAAAGUCUCCUCCAGAAUAAGGAACAGCCUCCAAGUCCGACAGUUGGUACUGCUGUGGAAGAUGAUUCAAGAAUCGGGGAACCUGAAGAGCAAGAUUUUGAAGAUGACUUUGAAUUACUUAAUAAGUUAGUUGAUGAAGCUGUUGACAAAUAUGUUGGAAAAGCCUUAGCUAAUGCCAAAAUUGAACACUUACAUAUCCACUAUCAUACAAAAGGUGGUCAAAAUAGCAUCCUUAAUUACUUCAAACCUGUUAGUUCUAACUCCUCUUCAGAAAAGACACCUAGCUCUAGUUCUCAGAGCACCAAAAUGACAAGCAGUAGGACACAAAACUCAGUUAACAAGAAAUCUUCAAGUACACAGAACUCAGUUAACAAAUCUUCAGGGGAUGAAUGGAAGACUCUAAUGUCUAAGAUGCAAAACAAUGCAAAGAAGGCUGUUAACAAUCUAGGCACAGUGGUUCAGAAUCCUCCACAGAAACAGGUGCAACAAACACAGUUCUAUGGUGGUGGAGGAAACAGAACCUGCCCAUUCUACAAAUAUAUAACAGAUACAAGUUUUGUUGUUGAUGCUUUUUCAUAUGGGUACCUGAAUGGAAUUGAUGGAUAUUUUCUGUCGCACUACCAUUAUGAUCAUUUUCGAGGUCUCACCAAGAACUUCAGUAAGCCAAUAUAUUGUAGUCAGAUAACAGGUAAUCUGGUGAAAUUAAAAAUAGGUGUAGCUAUGCAGUACAUCAAAAUUCUUCCUAUGGAUACACCACAGGUCAUAUCCAAUGUUGAAGUCACAUUGCUGGAUGCAAACCAUUGUCCUGGUUCAGUGAUGUUUUUAUUUAGACUAACGACUGGUACCACUAUCCUCCAUGUAGGGGAUUUCAGGGCUCACCCUAAGAUGGAGUCAUAUCCAGUGUUUUGGGAGUGCAAUAUUGAUACACUCUAUCUAGAUACAACGUAUUGUAAUCCUGCAUAUAAUUUCCCAAGCCAGGAUGAAAUUAUAGAGAAGUGUGUUAAUAUUGCCACCGCUCAUAUCACCAAGAAUCCAAAAUCCUUUAUUGCUGUAGGUUCCUAUACUAUUGGUAAAGAACGUGUGUUUCGAGCUAUCGCCUGUGAGCUUGACUGCCGUAUAUGGGCUAGUAGUGAGAAGCAGAGAAUUUUACGUUGCAUUGAGGAUGAAGAAAUUACUUCUAGGUUAACAUCAGAUAAAUUCAGUGCAAGGGUCCAUGUCAUAAGAAUGAAUGAGAUCCAUCCCAAGACAUUGUCUGACUAUGUUGUCAGCAUGGCACCGAAGUACAAUGAGGUGAUAGCUAUACGUCCAACUGGUUGGGAACAUUCAGAAAAUAAUGGAGUCCUUUCAGAUGUGUCGCCAAAGAAGUUUGGUGGUGUUUAUAUAUAUGGUAUACCAUACUCUGAACACUCCAGCUACAAUGAACUUCAAAGAUUCGUGAAAUAUAUCCGUCCAAAGAAAAUUAUUCCCACUGUUAAUGUUGGAAAUCCCAAUACAAGAAAGAAGAUGGAAGAGAGUUUUAGUGAGUGGUUGGAAGAUGUGUGAUAUUGUAUAAUUGCUUUUAAAACUUUGUCUCAUUAAAAUUACUUAUAAACUUAUUCAUGUGAACCAGAAAGGAAUGAAGUUAUUUAUAUCUCUGAAGGACAGUUGUGCUGUUAGUGUUGUAAAGUCAGCACAGUAAGAUUUUAUGCGAGUUGUGUACAUUACCAUGUCAAGUUUGUAAGUUCCAUAAAAACUAUGAAUAUGUGAAAUCUUAUAAAUUUUGCAUGGAUUUUUAUUAUACAGUAAAUGUGGUUUAAUUUCGUAUUUUUUGAGAAUGCAGUGAUGAAAUGUCCAAACUUUCAUAAGGCAUGUAUAUGUCCUUUCUUAUUGUUUCUUGUUCAUAUGUGGAACAAACCUUCGAUUUUAACAAUAAGAUAAUCUUCUUGUGCCAGCUGGAAACCAGCUAAAAACAAUCAAAGAUUGUAAAGCAAGGAAUCUGUGACAUCUGGCAACUCAUGCGUAUACAAGGUGGAAGCUGGUCACCAACAAGGUAUAGAAUCCCGUGACGCGUCAGUCCCAAGCCGGUUGUUUUGCAUGCCCGUGAUUUUUUAGUCUCAGUAUGUUUGUGUGUGUGCUUUGUUGUUAUCAUGGAGUCCUCCAAUUCUUGUAGGCCUCAUCAAUGCACGUGCCCAGGCAUUCAGGGAUUUCCGUGCUCCAGGUUUUUGGCUGCUGCCAUUACAGAUCCCCAUACGACAUGCAGUAGGUGCCAAUCUAAUUUUUGUGCCAUUAAUAAUUCUUGCCCGAAAUGUUGUUCCCGGCCUGUGUCGCAGUGGAGAAUGUUAUACAGGAAGAGGAAGUAAUGUAGAAUUUCUACUUGUCCUUCCUGGAAGGGUUUUUCUCCUCCUCAUUUGGACGGUUCAGUUUCGGCAUCCCCUUCUUCCAGAAGCAUUCCCUCAGCUUUGGUUGUACCAGUCUCCUUCCUUUUCUUCCAUCAAUUCAUUGGUGGAAGUAUCGAAAGUUGCACAGGAUGAGAUUAUGUUUAAUGUAGCCCCCUCUCCCACCGAGUAUGAUGUCCUCCCCAAGAGGGAGGAGGCUACACCUUCUGCUUCCUUUAUUUCAGAUUCCGAAUCAAACAAGAUGGUGGCUGUUUGGGUGUUUCUAGGCCUACAGGGUGGCCCCCCUUUGGAUGGCCUACUCUCACAUUUCUUGGUGGCUCAUACCCCUCUGGCAGCCCCAUCAGUAGUCCCCCCCCACCUCCAGGUCUACACUAGUUUGGUUCUUGUGUGCUUCCUCCUAGCGGGACGCCUUUGUCAUUGUCGCCCCUUAUUGCUCUACCAGUGAGGCCAUCGACCAGUACUGCCAUUCGAGAUGCCGUGACGUCACUCCCAGCAUCCUCUCAGCUUAUGACAUCAGCUGUGGUGGCGUCUCUUCCUCCCAUUGUUGUGACAUCAUCUCCUUCACCUAUAACGUCAUCUCUACUUCUCGCUGAGCCAUCAGAGACGUUGUUUCAAGCUAUGGUCAAGAGGCAUCUCUGUCUCCUGUACCUGUUCCAGACUGUUGUUAAGAUGAUAAGGCUCCUAUUAACAGGUUUAAGGUACCAGCUACGACAGUGUCUCCGGCCCCUUCCAAGGAUUCUUCUCUCUGCAGUGGUUGUGGUUGAUGGUCAAGAACAUGUGGCGACACUGGUCCGUGGAAGUGGUUCUCGUUUGCCUCCCAAAGACGGGACCUUAGGAAUCAGUCUCCUUCAGGAAGUUCACUUCGGCGACAUUCCGUCUCAAGACCAUCAUCCUCAUGUGUUGUUUCACGGCUUUUUACAUAUCUUGUUGCACGUCCACAUAUGUGAUUCAUCCUGCGAACGUGUACAUGGUUCAUCACACGGACAUGUACAUGGUUUGGGUCGAGACCACAUACAAGUUUCGUCACAUAGCCGUGUUCCGGAUCCCUCUGUUUCAGGAUCUUCAGCAGUUAGGGAUUCCACUCCAACCAAUGGGAGGCAUGAUGCUUGGCUUCCUAGGGAAGCCUCUCCAGUGCUGUUAGAGAAGGAUGAGGAUCCUUCCAAGCCACUUUCUUCACAUCGUCGGUCUCCGGAGGAGGGAGAUUCUUUCUCAGAGGUUGUUGAUCUUAUUCAUGAGUUCAAUAAUUUUGGGAGUAGAAUGCAGACCCAGUCUUCUAUGACCCCUAUGAGUUGGUGAUAAACCUCUGUGGCUUGCAUGGUUUGUUGCUUGAACAGGCAGAGUUUUCUUUUGUUCAUGGAAUGCAAUGAAUCUGGCCAUGUAUCAUUGUAUUUCAACCCAGGCAGCUGAGGUAUUAGAUAUCCCAUUGUCUAUUCUCUCACAGGCUUGGACCCCUUCUUUAGAAAUCAUUCUUCUAAAAAGGUGGUCAGGUUGGUUAAACUCCCAGCUGGUUUAGGAUACUUGUACCUCCCUCCAAGUAUGAGUCUAUCCUAUUGUUAAGACUGAAGUGUUGUUCCUUAUAUGACAAAUGACAAAUUUAUAAUCAAUUUGUAUUUUUCAUAGCUUACAAACCUGAAUUCUUAAUGUUUACUGCCCACCUCUAACCUCCCCUCUCUCUUUUCCUGGGUUGGGAGAAAGACUGACACAUCACAGGGUUCUAUUCCUGGUCGGUGACCAGCUUCCACCUCAUAUACACAUGAGUUGCCAGAUGCCACAAAUUCCUUGCUUUACAAUCUUUGAUUGUUUUUAAUCAGUUUCCAGCUGGUACAAGAAGAUUAUUCUAUUGUUAAGACCUCAGGUUUGGUCAGGUUUGUAAGCUAUGAAAAAUACAAAUUGAUUAAAAAUUUGUCAUUUUUGGUUCUGUAUAAUAGCUCUAAGCAGUGCAGACACUAGAGAAAGGAAGAGAGAAACUUCUUAUCAUUACCAUCUGGACCCCCCCCCCCCUCCCAUAAGUGACAAAAUUCAUUAAGUAAUCAAGAAAUUCAAAUAACCUACACAAUCAGCUUGGAGCAACUCAUUUAACUUAUACUGUACAACAAUUCCAUCUAAGCAAAUAAUAGCAUAAGGGGUAUUUGUAAUUUUUGUUCAGUUUAAGCAUUAAUUAAUUUAUUCAUCAAUUUCAGAGAAAUUUCUGCAAAAUGAAUUGUUUCCAAAAAUACAUGCAUACAAUACUGUACUGUACACUUAUGCCUGAGACAAAUGUAGCUGAUUUUAUUAGUCUGCCUUCUUACUGGGUAUGCUUGCAAGAUGUCCAAAUUUCACAAAAUAAGUGUGAAAAAACAUAAAUGUAUGUGUCUGUCAUUACAAAAGUUACAAAACGCCUCUUACUUACUAUUCCCCCCCUCCCCCUUCUCUCACUGUGAUACAGUACUAUUUUUAUUAACAUUUAUUCAUUACAGCACAGUAUUGCACAUAGUACAUAUUUUUCAGUUCAUGUUUGCAUGUGUAUGCAAACAUAUGCGCAUUGCUUUAAGAUGAACUAUGCAAUCACUAUGUUUCCUUUUUUUUUCUCUCUCUCUCUGGAUUGUUCUUUAUAUAAGCUCAUUUUGAUAAAGAGAAAGGAAAGCCAAUUUGUGAGGUUCUGUGAAGAGUUUCAUAAACUGUUAAAAUAUCCACAAAUUGUAUGGUCUUGUUUUGAAAGUAAUGCAAUUGUCUACAUUUUUGUUAACUGUGCAAUACCUACUGUACUAUAUGGUUCCAUAAGUAUCUUUAGAAGCAAUUUAUUUGGCAGAUAUUUCUGUCAAACUGAAUGAUCAGUGAAAUAAUAUUUUAAACUGAAUGAAAAUUCCACUAUGGAGAGGAUGUUACUUUCUUUUUAUUGAAUUGCUGUUACAUUUUGAACUAAAUGAGUUUAUUUGAGGUACUGUCUUGUGUAGGCUAGAAGCCCAUCUUCUUUAUUUGGUAGUUUUCAUUAUUUACAAGGAGGGCAGACCCCUUCUGUUCAUUAAUAUGCAAUUGUCAGCCUUUGUAUAAAUUGGUGGCAAAAAUGAGAGGAUUCUGUAAAAGCUAGGAAAAUUAUCACUACAAGGUGGGUGGUGGAAUGCUUGCAAUUUCCCCUCCAUUAUCAUACCUGCAUACAUAGUAUAUAGGUGAAAAGAAAAAUAUACAAGUAUCUAAGUGGGGAUUGUCAGCAGUGAAAAAUCCCAUGGCUGUGUUCUUUAAAAAGAAAGUUAUAAUAUAAUGAGAUAAAAAUUUUAUACUAAUGAGAAUUGGAAUUAUAAGAAGCUCAAUUAUUGUAUACCUAACUAUGCCACCAAUUCCAGGUCAUAAAUCUAUCAUGGAGUCAUUGUAAAGUAUAUUAAGGUAAGGGAUACAGCUUUAAAUAAAUUAAUUUUUUUACAGAUUA